AUGUACAAAUCAUUGAUUUUGAGCUGUGUUCUGUGCUUGGUGAUUGUUGAGGCGCGUCCAAAAUGGCAGAUACUGCCUCCAGUGCCAGGUUACGUGCCGGUAUACAUUAGAGCUGGGGACACGCCACUGGAGGAAAUCAACCCAGACCUCGCGGAAGCCUUCCACGCAAUGCCGGUGGGGCGAAGCGCUGGGAAGCUUCUAGAAGCCUCACCUGAAAUACCGGAACAAGCCGACCAGCCGCAGCCUGAGGUUGUUGUCCAACCGGCGGAAUCGAGCGUAGACCGUCGCCCAUACGAAAAGAAGUUGCUGGACAAGAAGAAGAAAGCGACGGAAAUUUCGAAACCAGUUGAACGCAGA